UAUUGCCUUCUCUUACCUCACUAGUAGUGGUCCCUAUUUAUUCUCCCCUCAACCUUAUUUCCUCCUGUCUUGCAUGUCUUUUCCCUCCUGCUCUCUGGUGUAUUUCCCCUCUUGUGACUGCUGCAAGCUCCUCCUGCAAUCUACAAAAGGGAACUUCCCUGCAUUAGAGGCUUGGAUCUCCUCUCUGAUCCCAGGUCCCUUUGCCUCAAACCCCAGCCUCACAGAAACACCCCCUCCCACCUCCCACCCCAAACUGCAUAGCAGCUCAGUGCCACAUUCGAUACUCCUGAGCUGCGGCUUCAGGCUGUUGCUGUCUAGUCCAGGCUACUGUAUAUCAGUCUGGUUUGCUGCUUUCUUCCCCACUCGGCAAGGACAUACAAGCAGCCAGUCCCAGAGAUCAUCUGAGUACAAGCUAGAUGUAAUAUUUACUUCAUCUGUCUUCAUUCCAAGAUGAUGUAAUUUAAUGAGAGGUUUUGGCAAAAUUCACUAUGGGUGCAACCACCUCCAGCAAGCCACCAGUCUUCGAGGACAGUGAAGAAGUCACUUUUGACCAUUUUGAAAUUUUGCGAGCCAUUGGGAAAGGCAGCUUCGGAAAGGUCUGCAUUGUGCAGAAGAAUGACACCAAGAAAAUGUAUGCCAUGAAAUACAUGAACAAACAGAAGUGUGUGGAGCGUAAUGAAGUGCGAAAUGUGUUUAAAGAGCUGCAGAUUAUGCAGGGCCUGGAGCAUCCCUUCCUGGUUAAUUUAUGGUACUCAUUCCAAGAUGAGGAGGACAUGUUCAUGGUUGUGGACCUUCUUCUUGGAGGGGACCUACGCUAUCAUCUACAGCAAAAUGUCCGAUUUCAAGAAACCACUGUGAAACUCUUCAUCUCUGAGCUAGUGUUGGCUUUAGAUUAUCUCCAAAGCAGAUACAUUAUCCACAGGGACAUCAAACCUGACAACAUUUUACUGGAUGAACAUGGACAUGUGCACAUCACAGAUUUCAAUAUUGCCACAAUGCUGACUAAAGAAAUGCAGGUCACAACUAUUGCUGGCACCAAGCCAUAUAUGGCACCUGAGAUGUUUAACUCAACAAAAUCUAUCGGCUACACCUUUGCUGUGGACUGGUGGUCAUUAGGAGUUACUGCCUAUGAACUACUUAGAGGCCGGAGACCAUAUCAUAUUCGCUCCAACACAUCAACAAUGGAUAUUGCGCAUGUGUUCAAGACAGCAACAGUCAUGUAUCCUGCUGCUUGGUCUAAAGAAAUGGUGGGCCUACUAAAGCAGUUGCUUGAGCCAAAUCCUGAGAAACGUUUUUCUCGGCUGAAAGAUAUCCAAGACUUUCCAUAUCUGGCUGAUGUGAACUGGGAUGCAGUUCAACAGAAGAGGAUAUUACCAGGAUUCAUUCCCACUAAAGGGAGACUGAAUUGUGACCCAACCUUCGAACUUGAAGAAAUGAUCCUGGAGUCCAAACCUCUCCAUAAAAAAAAGAAACGUUUGGCUAAGAAGGAGAAAGACACCAGUAAAUGCAGUUCUUCACAGGCCUGCCAUCUUCAGAAGCACCUAGAGAUACUCCAAAGAGACUUCAUUGUUUUCAACAGAGAAAAGAUGAGACAUCACCAUAAUGAAAUCCAGGAGAGUCUAAUGCUGGCACAAACCAAAGACACAAAAGAAGAGGAUGGCCAGAACAACAACCUCUGAGACUAGUUUAUCUUCUGCACUGGUGUCUUUCCCUUUGAGUUCAAUGCACACCUACACACGUUUGUGAAGCUUGGCAAUAGAAUUAGCCCACUGCUACAAGGACACUACAGAUACCCCAGCACAGGGCUUGAGAUAGGAGCUUAUAUGGCCUUCCGUUCCUCCUUCCUCCUGCAUGCAGGUGAAUACUAGGGGCAGUGAUGGUACAGCUUUGAUACUGCUCCCUGGAAAAAGCCUGCCACAGCAAAUAAAGGCCAGCUUUUCCUCCCCUGUUUGGCCUGGUUGUAGGAACUUGACCAUGAAAGAGAAAAUGGAUGAGACCUUUUCAGGACAAAUCCUGAGUGCAGGAAAUAGGUGCUUCCUUGGGACAGGAUCCUUGCUCGCACAGCAUUUGGUACUGAGUACUUUAUCUGGUGUCAGAAUCAGUUGAUUACCAAUGGGAAGUUACAGAAGGGUAUUUAGUGCAUAGGUAGUAGGUCUGUCACAUAAUGUUGGUAGUAGCGGUGGAUGAGCACCAGAAACAGCCUCAAACUGUAAGUUUGGAUUCUCAUGUGGGCUUCUUAGUUUGGACUUGCCUUUCAUUGUUACAAGCAAAAGAGGCUGCUCUGAGUGGUAGACUCAGAGCAAUAUAUAAGAAAGGUAUUUUUGGAACUUGGAGUCUUUCUAAUAUUCUUAGUUUGUGUUGAGAAAAACAACUGAGUUUCUUCUAGCUUUAGUCUGUUUUCUAGAGCAGGCAGCAAUACUUUUUCUCAGCCAUCCCUGUUAACAUCCUAACUUCCCAUUAAAAUAGUGAGAGAUUCAUCACACUUGCCUAUUGAUGAUAAUGUAAGUAAGAAACAAAGUGAAGAACCUGACAAUCAAAUACACAAUCAAUCCUUUAAAGUCUUUUUUUCCCUCAAAGAUUUGGCAGUAGCAGCCAGCAUCUUUAGUGAAAGUUGCUUUUCUUUGCUUUAAUACACAUGAAAUUGUGUGGCACCUUUGAGAUUAAUAUUCUCUGUGGUUAGGCUUUUUUGAAAUUAAAGCAAGACCCCAGCAAUGAGGACUGUGCCAUCAUUUGAUGUAAAUGUCUUCCCAAAUUUAAGCUUUGAAAAAACAUGUUCUCUACUUGCAACGCAUAAAAUUGACGUUAAUAGACUCUUGAGUGUGAUGGAUACAUUUGGAAACAAGGGUAAAAAUGUAUUUUUGCACAGAAAUUCUAGUGCACCUUUUGGGUAGGUUUCAGGUUAGAGUUGCCUGCUGAGAACUUGGUUAGUUGUAGAGACCCAGGGGAUUUGUGUCAGAGACGUCUCUUCACCAGACUGUUGGCAUCUUCUAAUGGUUUGCUUAACAUGAUGCAUUAUUGCUGUAAUUCUUGGCAGGAAAAACUAUGAAGUUUCAGAGGCAUAAUUAAAAAAAGCUAAAUAGUUUAUGACUCUUCUUACGUUUGAAAAAGUUGUAUUCAAGUAUGGUAAAAUUCAAAGCCUAAUGGGAAAAAAAUGACUUUAUAGUUCUUUUCUGGCCAGUUUAUGUCUGGCCUCAUAAUCAAACCUUCUGUUUUUUGGUUCAUUCCUUAAAUUGUGUUUCUUGCAGGAAUCUGACUUGGAGUUCUCCCUUAUCAGCUCUCCCUUAUCAGUUCCUUAGCAUCUGUCGGGACGCUUGUGAAUCAGACUGGUAGUUUACAAUGGAAUAUAUCCUGGCUUUUAGAUGAUGUGCCGUUUGUUUAAUAUGCACUUUUGCUUCUUGAAGCAUUUUACUUACGAAGUUGAUUUCAUAAAGGAUAUCAUGCCAAAG